AUGGUUAAUGGUGCGCGGUGUAAAAACAACGUCCGACCAGUUAUCGCAGAGAAAUUGGAGAAGCGACGGACCGUGGUGCGACGCCAUCAUACUGACAUACUCAUAGCCUUUCUUGAGAUAUCGGCCCAGCUUGUUGCAAACGAUGUAGUUCAACAUUGUCAUAUUUCCAAACUUGAAAGAUCGCAUUAUAAUAUCGAUGUUUUUCGUUGUUUUAUAUCCUCUGGGAAAGCGUUAGAGAUGUGUUCGAUGAUUGUUGUUCUUAUCGAUAGGAGGUUGUUCGGAUCGCUUGCAUUGCCAAUGCCAUUGAGAGCAAGACUCUUGCAACAUGAGCAUCCAAUGAUAUUACUCCCAUUACCUGUAAUACCACCACCAAUACCUUUGACACUAUUAUUUAUAUUUAAAGUUGUUUCAACUAAAUUCAUUGUUUAA